CGGCAGUUGAAACCAACCAUUUGUUGAGCAAACAAGUAGACAGUCAAUCGUUAAUUGUAUUAGUUAUAUCAUGAAGGGAUUCAUCGCGAUCGCUGUGUUGGCUCUGGCCACCGUCUCCCAAGGAUCAUAUCAGCCAGCGGUGCAGUCAGUCCUUCCGUACGCCUACAGCUCGGGACUCCAUGGCGUGGGUGCCUAUGAUGGUCUGGGCCAUUACUCGUCACUCGGUGGACUGGGAUACUCGUCCGUGCUGGAUCAUGGCCUUUCCUACCCGUACUCGGCCGCUCUUCCGUACUCUGGCUACAACAACGGUCUGUAUGGAGGAUACUAUGGCGCCAAGUACGCUCCGACUGUGGUCCAGGCCAACGUGAACACUCUGAAGACGGUCAGCCCUGUGGGUCUGUAUGGAGGAUACGGUGUGGAGCACGGAUACGGUCUCGGUCACGGAUACGGCUACAGAUACAACAACUACCUCCCAGUUCAGGGUCAUGCUGCGAAGUACGUUGCUGCCAACCCGGGAGCCGUCCAUGUGGCUCAGGACAACGUGAACACUCUGAAGACGGUCAGUCCGCUCGGUCUGUAUGGCGGAUACUAUGGCGCCAAGUACGCUCCGACUGUGGUCCAGGCCAACGUGAACACAUUGAAGACGUUCAACCCACUGGGUUUGUAUGGAGGAUACGGUGUGGAGCAUGGAUACGGACUUGGUCACGGAUACGGCUACGGAUACAACAACUACCUCCCCGUCCAGGGUCAUGCUGCGAAGUACGUUGCUGCCAACCCGGGAGCUGUUCAUGUCGCGCCUCUUCCAGGUCAUGUCGUUAAUCAAAAAUCGAUCGUUGCAUAAACUUUAAAAUAAACGCUGCCAACUUGUAC